AAAAAUACCAAACUCUACCCAACUCGGGCAUGUCUGAUCGUUCUCCUCGUCUUCUUUCUCUGCGCACAAAACCCUUCUCACUGCUGCAAUUAUCAAAUACUCCUUCAUCCGCCGCUGCGAUUAAAGUACCGGGUUCGGAUUUUUUUUUUUUGAAAAAAACUUCUUCAUCCGCCGCUGUGAUUAUCUAAGUACCAGGUUCAGAUUAUUAUUUUUGGCGAAAAUCUCUUUCAUCCGCUGCUGCGAUUAUCCGAGUGCCAGGUUCGGAUUAUUCUUUGGAGAAAAUCUCCUUCAUCCCCUUCUGCGAUUAUCCAGAGUACCAAGUUCGGAUUUUGGGCGAAAAUCUCCUAACCGGGUGAUAGUGUGAAUCGGAUUUCCAUGUACUUCUAGCAGCUCCAUCUAAAAGAUUGCUUCAUCACCGGGCAAAGACAUAAAGAAGGGCCAAUACUUGAAGUGAAAAAAUCCAAGAAGUCCCUAAAUGUAAUUUGAAUUACUCAAUCAACUCCCUGUCUGAUGUGCUCUGUUAGUUUAUAUCACGUAUGAGGUGGAAAAGGAGGAUUCUAUAUCCAUUCCUAUGGGCUCCAGGAAACGUUGUUUGGACAGACUCAUACCUAAGAGAGAGGAUCAGGGGAAAGCUUACUGUCAAUGCAGCACUUUUCACCAUGAAAAAUGUUUAUUUGCUUUGCUCAAGCAAAAAAUGCAAUCUUUAAGAGAACCCCUGUUGGGUGAGUUGCCAAUGCAUUUUGUGGGUCAUUUGUCCAUUCGGUGAUCAAGCGUUUAAGGACACCAAGUAAAUAUUAGCGGUUUGAUGCUUCGUGCAGUUUUCCUACUUUACUAAUUACUAUCUCCGUCCCGCUAAGAUUGUCCCAUUUUACCAUUUCGGUCCGUCCCACUAAGAUUGUCCCAUACCUUAUUUGGUAAAGUUUGUGUGACUCUAAAUCAUUCUUACUUUAUUCUUACUUUAUCAAUUACAUAUCAACCACAUAAACAACUCUUUAUAGAUUUGUGUGCCACUCUCUCUUAUCCCAUUGUUAGUGGGACGGAGGGAGUAUAUUUUAUAAUUGUUGGUUAUUUUUUGUUCGGACUUCAGAUACUAUUAUUUUGGAUAUUCAUUAUAAUUUUACUCUGGAGUGUUCAUUUAAUGGUCUACAUCUUACGUCUUUUUCUUCCAUUUGUUCUAUUUACAAUUUCAUUUUGUAGGCUUACAGCUAAGAAAAGAAUUGGAAAGAUGAAAUUCUCGGUGAAGGCAUGGAGCAACGGGAAAGCUCGUGCAGGGGUUUUGCAGUUGAGUAGCAGCCCAUACUCCAUCGAGACUCCGGCUCUCGUUCUCACCACUCGCAAAGGGCUGCCCGUUUUUAUUCCUCCCGAUCACCUCCCUUCCCUCCCUUUGCCGGACUCCAGCCUUCUUCAGGUUUGCCCGGUUCACUUCUUAGGAUGCGUCUCUAACCAAACCAUAUCCGACAGUGGAGGACUGCACCAGAUGCUCGGUUUACAUGACCGGAUAUUCACAGCCGUUCCAAGGGACUCCAUUAUUUCCAUACCUGAGUACAUGAGUGCUAACAGGACUGGAGCUUCAUUUGAAACUCCUUGCGGUCGUUGUUUGAUAAAACCUGCCGAGUACAUGAAAAUGAUUUCUUCUAUGAGACCAAAUAUGUGGGCCACUUUAUCUGAUGAGGUGCCUGCUUGGGUUUCACAGAAGAGAAAUAGAAUAUCUGUUGAUCGCACUUUGAGAUGGCUUGAUGAUUGUAUCACUUUAAACCUGACAGACACAACCAUUUUUGGUUCUAUUGUUGGGGGCUCAAGCGUUGAAGAAAGACAGCAUUGUGCUCAAGAAGUUGCUAAGAGAAAUGUUUCAGGUUAUUGGAUUGGUGGCUUUGGAUUAGGAGAGAGUAUGGAUGAACGCACUGCCCUUCUUAGUGCUGUUACGGAAUCGUUACCUGAGAAUAAGCCACGACAGAUAUGUGGGCUUGAACUUCCAGAAGAGGUCUUGCAGGGAGUUGCAGCAGGCAUUGAUCUAUUCGAUUCCUCGUACAUCUUUAACCUGACACACGGAGGUUUCGCACUCACUUUCCCACUUGAUAGAACUGAGAGUCACUUGUCUGAUUGUCAGCCAUAUAGUGACAUAGGCUGUGAUGGGACAAAGAUCAACCUGAAAUCAACCAUGUACAGGAAAGAUACGUCACCAAUUGUUGACGGCUGUAGCUGUUUUACAUGUCAAAGCCAUACAAAGGCGUACAUUAAUCACCUGCUUAUUGUUCAUGAAAUGUUGGCUCAGAUCCUAUUAGAAAUACACAACACUCAUCAUUAUCUACAAUUCUUCCGCUCCAUCAGAGAGUCAAUUAAGGAAGGAACCUUUGAGCAAUACCGGGAGAGGUUCAUCAUAAGUAGACGUACACAUCUUUCCACUCUUUCUGCUUCAGCAAAUUAAGUUCAAGUUAUCUUUAGGAUGUCCAGAAGCACACAAGAUUGCUUUUUUCAGAGGCGUACAAUGAUAUUUUAUCAACUUGAUUAAUGGCGGAUAUUCUAGAUUUGACUAGUGUCACCUGUGACCUGUGUGGUGCACUGAACAAUCAUUUGUUCCUAUUUCAAUUCUUUCAAUGGCUAUUUAUAUGAUUGUAAACAUUUUAGCUGAAUAUAGAGCAAUAUCUAGAAGUUCUGCAGAAGCUGAAUAUAGAGCAAUUGCUACUUCAGCUGCAGAAGUAAAUCUGCUAUAGCCUUGGCAGCUA